UUUACAACAGAAAAAUGAUUACUUACUACUGAAAUUAUGAUUAGAAAUUUAGAAAAGAGACAAGAAUUUUGAGAUCAGUCGAUUAAUUUUAUCUACUAUCGACACAAAUUGUGAAGCUGCAACACAACUACAAAGAGAUGGCGGCAGCAGCAGCGGGGCUUCUCUCUCUCUCCACCGCCAUUCCCUCUCUCUCUCCGCCGCUUCCUCGUCUCCGCUCCCCCGUGGCAUCAAUGACAAUGAGUGAGGAUCCAAUUCGUGAAUGGAUUCUGUCUGAAGGGAAAGCAACCGCAAUAACCGGCACUCGUUCCGUUGGUGGCGGCUGCAUCAACCGUGCUUACCGUUAUGACACAGAUGUUGGGUCCUUCUUUGUCAAAACAAACAGGAGCAUCGGGCCAUCGAUGUUCGAGGGGGAGGUUCUGGGCCUCAGUGCCAUGUACGAGACGAGGACUAUACGCGUGCCUCAGCCGUUUAAGUAUGGAGCUCUACCAUCUGGCGGCUCGUACAUCAUCAUGGAAUUCAUCGAAUUUGGUGCAUCACGGUUUAAUCAAGCUGCACUAGGAAGGAAGCUUGCUGAGAUGCAUAAAGCAGGAGAGUCUACGAAAGGCUUUGGUUUCGACGUUGAGAAUACAAUUGGAAGCACUCCACAGAUAAACACGUGGACGUCAGACUGGAUCGAGUUCUAUGGAGUUCAUCGGCUGGGCUACCAAUUGAAGCUCGCACGACAGCAGUUUGGGGACUCCUUAAUCUACGAAAAAGGACAAAGACUCAUCAAGAACAUGGCACCUCUUUUCAAUGGUGCUGUGCUUGAGCCUUGCCUUCUACAUGGAGAUUUGUGGAGUGGGAAUAUAAGCUAUGACAAAACUGGCGAACCUCUCAUACUCGACCCUGCUUGCUACUUUAGGUUGCACUGCCCUAAUCUUUGCUGCUGGCUGCUGCCUUCGUUUGCUAUUAUAGAUGGACACAAUGAGGCGGAGUUUGGGAUGUCGUGGUGUGCUGGAUUUGUUGGAUCGUUCUAUGAUGCCUACUUUGAGGUGAUGCCAAAACAGACAGGGUGGGAGGAGAGGAGGGAUCUGUACACAUUGUAUCACUACCUGAAUCACUAUAACUUGUUUGGCUCUGGCUACCGGCCAUCUGCUAUGGGCAUCAUCGAUGACUAUCUCAGGAUGUUGGGAGCUUAGCUUAGUUGGUCUGACAUUGUGCUUUCAAUGUUGUAUCUUAUGUAAAUGCAGUAAGAGAUGUUACAUUACACAGUCUUGUAAUAGCGGAUUUGGUUUGAUAUUUCUGUUUUUGCAUUUUACUAUGUAAAUCGUGUUGUGAAAGCCAAAAUCACUGUAGAUAUUUGGAGGUGAAAUUAUGGUUUUAUUUA